AUGACGUCACGGGCCUCCGGCUCGCCUCUAAGGAAAUGCUGCCCGAGGAGGUCGCUUCACACGGUCACCCGCUGGCCGGCUCAGGCGUGCAGAGGUGGGGAAACGGGUAACCAAGACUCCAGGGCCCCACCUUCUCCGAGUGGGCAUUUGGGCACAGAUCGCGGUGCCUCAAGUGGCGCGGAGUUCCACGAGACCAUUUCGGGAAAAGCAGCCAGCCCGUCUCGAGAGGCGGGGAUUUGCUCACCUCUUUCGCUUCUACGGCCGUCGGGAAAAGCGGCUUUACCGGCCGCCAGGCCUCCCUGGAAGGCGGGGAAGAGCGGCGGGAAUCGAGGCAGCUCGGCCGAACGGCUGAACGGAGUGGAAUUGCGCUUGCGAGGAAUCGGGGCAGCCGGAUUCCGCUCCCGUCCCCGUCCAGCUGUUAACCGCUGGGCUGGCGGGCCCUCCCUGGGUCGGGUCCUGCCUCUCCCGAAGCGCCGGCGGGAAAGGGGAGCGGGCGGAGAGGAGGCCUCUUCAAAGGCGGCGGCGCUUUCCCGCCCCACUGCCAAGUUGGCAUCUUUACGCAGCAACUCCGGGUCGCUCCCCUCGCCUCGGACUCUCCCGGGAAGAUUUGACCCAAGACUCAGGGUCUCGGACCCUGCCCGCCCCCGCCCCCUGCGGGAAAAUGUGUAGGGGAGAAAAGCAAG